CCAAGAAUCACAGCAGCCGUGGCCGAGCUGCGGAGGAUAACGGGAUUGGGAAUUACGCUACACUUUUCACCUGACUAUAUGAAAAUUACCUCAUCGAUAUUGGAGCCUUAAUUUUUAUGCGAACUUAAAGAGGAUGUAUUUCCACUAAAAGUCCAACUUGAAACGCUGGAAACUUUUCCAACGAAAUGGAAGGGAAUAUUCCACGGAUUAUUUUGUCGUUUUUAUUGUUUAUGCACAUCUCCGAAGGUUUCCGUUGUGUGGAUAAAUACAGACCUUGUGAAAAUGGAGGGACAUGCUUAGAUUCAUCGUCUCGAUGCAUAUGUCGCCCCGGAUUCAUUGGUCCCCUUUGUCAGCAACUUGAUCCCUGUCAUAGAUCCCCAUGUCUGAACGGAGCAGCCUGCAAAAGCCAAGUGGUCAACGGUGUUCCCCAAUACACCUGUGUGUGCCAGAGAGGGUUCAGAGGCCAAGACUGCUCCCUCAUUGAUGCCUGUGCCACGAGUCCAUGUGCCAAUGGAGCACGUUGUGCCAAUUGGAAUAACCACUACAACUGUUCCUGCCCACCUGGCUUCCAGGGAAAGAACUGCCGCAAUGACAUUGAUGAGUGCCGCAAGCCUGGCGUGUGCCUUAAUCGCGGCCUCUGCAUUAAUACUCAUGGGUCCUUCCGCUGCGAGUGCCAACCUGGUUACAGUGGGCGUACAUGUGAGGUGUCCACCCUCCCCUGUGCCCCGUCUCAGUGCCUUAAUGGGGGCACCUGUCGACAGACUAGCGACCAUUCCUAUGAGUGUGCUUGCCUACCAGGCUUUCAGGGACACAACUGUGAGAGUAAUGUAGAUGACUGUCCAGGUCACAAGUGUAUGAAUGGAGGAAUUUGUGUAGAUGGAGUCAACACCUACAAUUGCCAGUGUCCGCCAGAAUGGACAGGGCAAUACUGUGCUGAAGAUGUCAAUGAGUGUCUCAUGCAACCAAAUGCCUGCCACAAUGGGGGUACUUGUUUUAACACCAUUGGUGGUCAUACCUGUGUCUGUGUUAAUGGUUGGACCGGAGAUGACUGCAGUGAGAAUAUUGAUGAUUGCGCCAUAGCAGUAUGCUUUAAUGGUGCCACCUGCCAUGACCGUGUAGCAUCUUUUUUCUGCGAGUGCCCUGUGGGAAAAACUGGUUUACUGUGCCACCUUGAUGAUGCAUGUGUGAGUAACCCCUGCAAUGAAGGAGCAGUGUGUGACACCAACCCCCUGAAUGGGCGUGCCAUUUGCACUUGUCCUGCUGGCUUUGUAGGAGGUGCCUGCAACCAGGACAUGGAUGAGUGUUCAAUAGGUGCCAACCCCUGUGAGCAUUUUGGGAAAUGUGUGAACACAGAAGGCUCCUUCCAGUGUCAGUGCGGUCGUGGAUAUGCAGGCCCACGUUGUGAGAUUGACAUCAAUGAAUGCUUGUCCAUGCCCUGCCAGAAUGAUGCCACUUGUCUGGAUCGCAUCGGAGAAUUCACAUGCAUCUGCAUGCCAGGCUACAUGGGGACUUAUUGUGAGGUUGACGUUGAUGACUGCGAGAGCAACCCAUGUGUUAAUGAUGGCAUCUGUAGGGACAUGGUCAAUGGAUUCACAUGCACCUGUCAGCCAGGGUUUACUGGCACCAUGUGUCAGAUCGACAUAGAUGAGUGCGCUAGCACGCCCUGCCAGAAUGGAGCAAAGUGCUACGACCGCCCAAAUGGGUUCGAGUGCCGCUGUGCUGAAGGGUAUGAAGGGACUCUUUGUGAGAGUAAUAUCAACAACUGCCAGCCCGACCCAUGCCACCAUGGUACUUGUGUAGACGGUAUUGCCAGUUACACCUGUAACUGUGAUGCUGGCUAUACAGGCUAUCGCUGUGAGAACCAGCUCAAUGAGUGCCACAGCAACCCUUGUCAGAAUGGAGGAAAGUGUGUGGACUUGGUGAACAAGUACAUCUGUCAGUGCCAACAUGGAACCUCAGGCACAAAUUGUGAGAUAAACUAUGAUGAUUGUGCCAGUAACCCAUGUGACUACGGCAUCUGCAAAGAUGGCAUCAACCGCUAUGACUGUGUUUGCAAACCUGGCUUCACUGGUCCCAAAUGUAAUGUGGAAAUAGAUGAGUGUGCAUCUAGCCCCUGUAGAAAUGGGGGUACAUGUGUGGAUGAGGAGAAUGGAUUUCAUUGCCAGUGUCCUGAAGGGUUUAAGCCACCUUACUGCUACUCUCAGGUGGACGAGUGUGGCAGCAGCCCUUGCGUCCAUGGCUCAUGCAGGGAUGACAUCAACGGUUACCGCUGUGACUGCGAGCCUGGAUGGGUGGGGAAGAACUGUGACCUUGAUAGAAAUGACUGUUUGCCAAGUCCCUGCCAGAAUGCUGGCACAUGCAUUGACCAGCUCAAUGGCUUCACCUGCAAGUGUCGACAAGGUUUUAGAGGUAACCUCUGCCAGGUGAACAUCAACGAGUGUGCAUCAAGUCCCUGUCUGAACAAGGGCACCUGUGUGGAUGGUGUGGCAAGUUUCACGUGUAUCUGUGAACUUCCUUACAGUGGACCUACUUGUGCUGAGGUCCUCACUCCAUGCUCUCCUAACCCCUGUGCCAAUCAUGCUUUCUGCACACACACACCGGACUACUUGGGCUAUCAGUGUAACUGCCAGCAAGGGUGGCAAGGUCAACUGUGUAACAUAGAUGUGAAUGAAUGCAUCUCAAACCCCUGCAAAAACCGUGGGACAUGCACUAACACACUUGGAGGCUUUGUGUGCUCCUGUAGAGCUGGAUACACCGGGCUAACCUGUGAAACAGACAUCAAUGACUGUGCCCCUAAUCCAUGCCUAAGUGGAGGUUCCUGCACAGAUGGCGUGAACUCCUUCCAUUGUAGCUGCCUUGCAGGCUUCACUGGGCCCCGGUGUGCCUUAGAGAUCAAUGAAUGCCAGAGUUCCCCCUGCAAAAAUGGAGGAACAUGCACGGACUAUGUCAAUUCAUACACCUGCACCUGUAGGCCUGGCUUUACUGGUAUACACUGUGAAACCAACAUCCCCGACUGCACUGAAAGUUCUUGCUUUAACGGAGGGAGCUGCACAGAUAAAAUCAACGGGUAUUCCUGUGCUUGUCGCUCAGGCUUCACUGGCUCCCACUGUCAGUAUGAAGUCAAUGAGUGUGACUCUCAGCCCUGCCUCAAUGGAGGCUUAUGUCAAGAUGCUCUAGAGUCUUUCCGUUGCUCAUGUCCAAAGGGCUACACAGGCAACCGCUGUCAGACACCGGUAGACUGGUGCAGACGUUCAUCUCCAUGCCAAAAUGGAGGACGCUGUCGCCAGAAGGAUUCUUCCUUCAUUUGUGACUGCUCCAACGGCUGGUCUGGACGUUACUGUGACAUCCCAAGGGUAUCUUGUGAGACAGCUGCCCGCCAAAGAGGGAUCCAGACAGAUGAGCUUUGCCACCAUGGUGGUCACUGUGUCAACACAGGGAAUGCCCACUAUUGUAAAUGUCCUGCCGACUACGCUGGAAGCUAUUGUGAAAGCCAAGUGGACCACUGUGAAGACAAACCCUGUCGCAAUGGCGCCACCUGCAGGGGAUAUGUUGGAGGUUACCAGUGUGAUUGUAUGCCAGGCUUCACUGGGCAGAACUGCGAGAUUGAGAUCAAUGAAUGCCAGUCUCAUCCUUGCCAAAAUGGAGGUACUUGCAUUGAUCUGGUGGGACAUUACAUCUGCUCCUGCCCCCCUGGCACAUUAGGAGUUCUCUGUGAGAUCAAUGAAGAUGACUGUGCUCCACCCAUGAGGCUGCGCAGUGCUCCUCCUAAGUGCAUGAAUAACGGCACCUGUGUGGACAGAGUGGGUGGAUAUCGCUGCAAUUGUCCCCCUGGAUUCACAGGGGAGAGAUGUGAGGGAGACAUAAAUGAGUGUCUCUCUAAUCCCUGCAGUCCCUCCAACAGUCUGGACUGCAUUCAGUUGCCAAAUGACUACCAAUGUGUCUGCAAGCCUGGCUUCACAGGUCGGAGGUGUCAGAGCAGAUACAGUGUGUGUGAGUCUCAACCAUGUCAGAAUGGAGGAGCCUGCUCUGUAUCCAGCAGCUCUUCACUUGGAUACAUUUGCACCUGUCAGCUUGGUUUUACUGGGCCAAAUUGUGAAAGAAGCAUGUCCUGUCGAGAGCUGUCCUGUUACAACGGAGGCAGCUGUGCACUUACCACAAGAGGGGCGCGUUGCACUUGCAUGCCAGGUUAUGGCGGGCCUCAGUGUCAGCAUCGCACUAAUGAAGGCUGCUCCUCUCUGCCUUGCCAGAACGGAGGGUUGUGCACUGAGGAGACCAGCUUCCCGUUCUUCCACUGCCAGUGUGCCAGGGGUUAUUCAGGGAAACGGUGUGAGAAGAGCACUGAACUCCCUGAGUUCUCAACUCCCUUGUGCCCUCUAGCAGACUGUAAUAGCAAAGCCAAUGAUGGUGUUUGUGACAAGGAGUGCAACAUAUUCGCUUGUCGCUGGGAUGGUGGUGACUGUUCUCUAGCAGUUAACCCUUGGGCUCGUUGUGCAGACCCUCGCUGUUGGCGAGUCUUCAACAACAGCCAGUGUGAUGAAUCUUGCAACAAUGCUGACUGUCUCUAUGACAACUUUGACUGCAAAAACAAGGAAAAAGUCUGCAAUCCAAUAUAUGAAACCUACUGUAUCGAUCACUAUGCUGAUGGACGAUGUGACCAGGGCUGUAACUCAGAGGAGUGUGGCUGGGAUGGCUUGGAUUGUGCAAAGAAUGUUCCAGAAGACCUUGCUGAUGGUUCUUUGGUUUUGGUAGUCCUACUGCCUCCAGAGGAACUUCUCCGCACAAGCACAGCUUUUCUGCAAAAGUUAAGCGCUAUCCUACACACAUCAUUGCGCUUCCGUCUGGACCGCAAUGGAGAAGCCAUGAUUCGCCCAUAUACCCGCAGAGAGGCACGCCUCAAGCGUGAGCUGCAGCUGAACCAGGAGGUCAUAGGCUCCAUAGUGUACCUGGAAAUAGACAACCGUCUGUGCUCUCAGGGCCAUGAGGACUGUUUCCCUACAGCAGACAGUGCUGCAGACUACCUGGGAGCUUUGUCAGCUGUUGAUAUGCUCCGCUUCCCCUACCCCCUCAAAGAAGCCUGGACUGAAAGGACACCAAAUAUUAUCGUCAUACCUGAAUGGGGCAAGCUGAUGCUGGUUGGGAUAGCAUCUCUUUUCGUGUUGGUCAUCCUUGUGAUAGGAAUGUUGAUUGCCCGCAGAAAGAGAGAGCACAGUACCCUUUGGUUCCCUGAGGGCUUUUUCCUUAAGAAGGAGCCCAGCAGUAACAAAAACCGCAGAGAACCCGUGGGCCAGGAUGCUCUAGGAAUGAAACACAUGACAAAAACUGUGGAGGAAUCUCUGCUUGGAGACCACAGUGACCAGUGGAUGGAUUCAGAUUGCCCAGAGGCUAAAAGGCUUAAGGUUGAGGAGCCAAGUAUGCUCUCUGACAGUGAAGACGCGGUGGACAGCAGGCAGUGGACACAGCAUCACCUUGCUGCUGCAGACAUCCGUGUGCCUCCCACCAUGGCCCUCACACCACCUCAAGGAGAGUUUGAAAGUGACUGCAUGGAUGUCAACGUCAGAGGCCCAGAUGGUUUUACCCCCCUUAUGCUGGCAUCAUUUUGUGGAGGCGGCUUAGAGCCUGAAAUAACAGAGGAGGAAGAAAGCGAGGAGUGUUCAGCCAACAUCAUAUCUGACCUAAUCUACCAGGGUGCAUCACUUGCUGCCCAAACAGACCGCACCGGUGAGACAGCGCUUCACCUGGCCGCCCGCUAUGCCCGUGCAGAUGCUGCUAAAAGGCUAUUGGAUGCGGGGGCAGAUGCCAACGCUCAGGACAACACAGGAAGAACGCCGUUACAUGCUGCAGUGGCUGCUGAUGCUCAGGGUGUCUUCCAGAUUUUGAUUCGAAACCGGGCUACAGAUCUUGACUCUCGUAUGUAUGAUGGCUCAACCGCAUUAAUCCUGGCAGCACGGCUGGCAGUUGAGGGCAUGGUAGAAGAACUCAUCACUUGUCAUGCUGAUGUCAAUGCAGUUGAUGAAUUGGGUAAAUCUGCCUUGCACUGGGCUGCUGCCGUAAACAAUGUUGAGGCCACAGUUGCAUUGCUAAAGAAUGGUGCAAACAAAGAUAUGCAAGAUCUUAAGGAGGAGACUCCUCUGUUCCUUGCAGCUCGUGAAGGCAGCUGUGAGGCUGUGAGGGUGCUUCUGGCUCACUUUGCUAACAGAGAGAUCACAGACCAUAUGGACAGGUUGCCGAGGGAUAUUGCACAGGAGCGUAUGCACCAUGACAUUGUGCAGCUUCUUGAUGAGUACAACACCGUAAGAAGUCCCCAGGGCCAUGGAGGGGCUGGACAUCAUCUAACUGGAGGACACACUCUGUCUCCUCUCAUGUGCCCUCCCAGCGCCUUCUUGCCUAGUUUAAAGAACACCCCACAGGGCAAGAAAAACCGCCGACCUGGGGUUAAGGGUUCUAGUCUGGGAGGCCAACAUGCCAACAGUCUGAAGGAGUCAGUCAAGGCCCGCAAUAAGAAACUGACCUUGGACAUGCAGAGUGCCUUACUGGAGAGCUCAGUUACACUGUCCCCAGUUGACUCACUGGACUCACCCCAUGGUGGAGCUAGCAACGCUGGCUACAUGACCAACCCAACUUCCCCAGUAGCAAUGCCAUCACCAGGGCUCUUCCACUCCUCCAUGUCUGUCCCAAACACCCCAAUGGUACACAGUAGCAUGCUGGAAGGAAGCGGCCCCUUUGCUGUGUCUCUAGCACAGCUCAACGACCUUGGAGCUGGUGGAAUGUCAAUGCAGGGUCGAGUCUCCAUGGCUUCAGAUGUCAAUCACGGUUAUGUGCUGAGUUCAGGCCAGAUGGGGCUCAACAUGGGCCUGGUCAGUCCUGUCAGUGUGCCCUUUGACUGGCACAGCCGGAUGCCCACCUCAUCCCAGUGUGGUCAACAAGUUGUGAGUCUUGUGCAGAGUAGCCCUGGCAUGCAUCCACAGAGCCCUGCCAUGCAGCAAAGCAUGCUGAUGCACCAGCAGCACAUCUUCCGUAAUGCCAUGCUACAGCCAACUCCUGUUACCUCCACACCCACCAUCAGCCCAGUAAAGCUGCCCUCCAUUGCCGAGCAGCAGAAACAACAACAGCAGCAGCAGCAGCUUAUCAACCACACCAUGGCAAACCAACAGAGCAUGGCUCGCAUGGGCACCUCCACACCACCAACACCCCAGACCUCUCAGCCCCCACCAUCCUUCUUCCAGCAGCAAAUGCCUCAGCAACCUUCUCAGGCCCUGCCUCCUAUUCAGCCCCAACAGGCAGUCACACCAGCAACCCAGCCCACUCAGGCACUGCCCCCUCAGCCCAGUGGCAGCGCUACAGGAACGGAGGAUUAUCCCACCCCUCCCUCCCAGCACAGCUACUCAUCCGCACUAGAUGCCACGCCUAAGCAUUAUCUUCAUCUUCCCAGUGAGCACCCCUACUUGACCCCAUCACCAGAGUCUCCUGAGCCCUGGUCCAGCCCUUCCCCUCACUGUGUCUCCGAUUGGUCAGAUUCCACACCCAGCCCAGCAGUUGCUGGCCCUGCCCAGACCCAAAUUACUCAACUCCCAGAGGCCAAUGGCAAGACACAGGUGUUUGCAUAAAGAUCUCAAGGCCCUGCUCGAAAAGGGACCUGGGGUAAAGAAUUUGUGGACUGGCUCUUGGGCCUGUCAGGGUUUAUAUGUGUCAGCCUGUUUCCAAGAUUUUCAUUGGAUUUGGAUUGACUGUGUUUAUCACGAGGACCGUCUGCUAGUGAUUAUUGCAGAGAAAAAAAGUAAAGGGAAAUGUGUGUUGUCUGGAAACAGCAGACAAUUUAAUUAAGUAAUUCUGUCACAGAUGGACUUGUUUUUUAUUAUAAAAAAGUAUAUGAAGAAAACCAAGCCUUUCAUUUCAAAGACUUGGGGAUGUGCUCUCCUGAAAACUAACAUUCAAAAGUAGAUAAAAGAUAAGAAGUUAAAUGUUGAAGGGAAUUCCUUUAUUUUUUAUUUAUUGUUUUUAUCUCUCUGACCUGCUUUUGUAGAUGUUUUCACCCUGUUCCUGUAUUAGCCCCCCCCCAUCUAGAACGGACCACCAGCAUUUUUAUUUAACCAGUGUGUAAAGUUAUUUCAAAGGAAUUUAAUUCAUCAUUCAGAAAAGCUGACACACAGAAAGAUGAAUUGUUCUCUCCCCUGACUGAUAUUUAUAAAGGCAAACCACUGUCAAGGAUGAUAAUCUGGUCAUAGCAAAUAUAUAAAGACAUGCUCAGCAAUAGUAAUAUGUUUUGAUUUGAUUGAACUGUGGUAACAGAUUGGGCUCCAUGUGAGUAUUAUGCAUAAGAAUGUAGAUGAGUGUCUCUGAAGCACUUCAAAUGACUAGCCUUGAAGGGCAAGUGUGAGUGAAAAAUUCAAUAUAACUACAAUGAAUAUUUAUGAUAUGUUGGCAGCCUUUUACUUAUGAGCUUUCAAAACAAAUCAGCAGAGUAAAGUUGUUGGUGUAAUGUUCUAAUUUCAGCUCCACUGGACUGUUACCAGUUUGUACUGUCAGCACUGAUACUGCCUGUUUUGAACCCGAGUUUUCAUCCACUUUGAGAACUGUUUAUAACAGAUUAUUAUUUUGAUUAUAUACAGCCUUUCACUGCCUUUUUACUUUUGUUUUCAUUUUGUUUCUUAUUCUACUUGUUUAUACUCUGUAUAUUUGUGAAAACCAUGGAUACCUUUUUAACAUCAAUCCAGAUGUACUAAGCUAUGCUUAUCAGCUGCUAUUUUAUAUCACUCUUCCCUGCAUUCCUCCAUUUUGUUUGUCUUGUGUGAAGAUGAUUUGCCUUUCUGCAACAUCCUGACAGAGCAGAAGCAGAUGCACAUGGGAAGAAGUUUCUUUUGUUGAGCCUGCACCGUGUCCUUCUCCGGACUAAAUGGAAAAAUUCUUGGACUAUCUGUGGCAGUUUAGGUCUUGUUGACACUUGGACAUUAUCCCUGGUGGAGUAGUGGUCGCUACAAGUGUGUAGCUGCUGGACUGUGACUGCUUUUGCCCUGUCACUCCUCAGGGAGGUGUUUUAUGGCAUGCAUUGGGCUGUUUCCCACUGCAUCUACAGUAGCUUCCAGUCCAGAGGCCAAGGAGUGACAUCUUAAGAUGAUUGUUUGAAGAGAAUGAAGGAAACAACACUACUAUGUAGUGUAGGACCCUUUAUCCUUUUACAAACACAGCGAUGACACUCUUCAUUUAUCCAGCUAACAUCUUAUGUAAUGUAACUCUUCAUCACCACCACUGGAGAAUAAAGGAUGAAGACCAUCCUUUCUUCAGCUUACUGAGGACAUAUCAGCAUAAUGGAAACUGACAAAGGUUGAAUUUUUAAAAGUAAGUUUUGCAUUUUCAUCUUGUAACAUCACAUACAGAAAUAAGUAGGCCAUUACUACUUCUUACUAUUUUGCAGUGACCUAACACUGACCAUGGCUGUCACAGACACAAUUUGUCUGUGCAACAAUUUGUUAGUUAUUCAUUGUUUUAUCCUGUUCACUAUAGAUUUAGCUUUUUUUGUCAGACCUGAGAAACAUGUUGUUCUCAGUCCAACUUUUUUUUUUUCAAGAAGAGCUGCGUUUGUGUUCCUUAUUAUUUCUCUAUAUAAUAUGUCAUUCAAUUUCCCUACCAGGUCGCACUAAGUGUUUUGUACAUUUCAAACCUUUAACUUCUGUCUGUAAAUAUAUUUGUUCUGGUUAGUUCUUUGCUUGGGAAGUCUUAUGUUUCUUAUAUGAUUGUUAUGUACUAAAAAGGACAAAAAUAAAACGUACUUCAUUUAGCAUUAUUUGAAGCUGAGGCUGUGACUGAUAUUUUAUUGGUCUCGUGUUGCUAGAACAGUCAUAGAUGUUUUCUAUCAUUAAUAAUUUCUAUACUUGUUUAAAAGUAGUUCAAAAUCAUUGUACAUAAAACCUUUUCAUGGUUUUUCUUUCUACAGUAAAAAGAUGUGAAAUAAGUUACUUAUAAUAAAAACUGUAGGGAACUACA